AUGUUACCAGAAUAUGACCCAGAGGACGACAGUGAUUCUGAUGAAGAACUUGAAGAUGCACCAAUUGAAACUGGGGAAUAUUUUACUGCCAGAGAUGGUAAUGUUUGGUCUUCGAUACAACCACAACCUGUAAGAUUCCGUACGCACAACAUUCUAAGAAGUGCACAAUCUGGACCAGUACGGGCAACGCAAGGUUUGACCAUUUCAGAAACGUUCAAAUUGAUAAUGUCAGACGAAAUAUGCGACAUAAUUAUUCGUGAAUCAAAUCGAAAGGCAAGGCAAUUCUUUGAUGAUGACAAUGCAAAACAUCCAACAAGAGAACCGAGAUCAUGGAUUCCCAUAACAGAAAGUGAAUUUGAUGCAUAUUUGGGCGUACUUUUGCUAAGUGGCGUUACACAUUCUGGUUACGUGCAUACGAAAGAUUUGUGGAAUACUAAAUCACAUCCAUUAUAUCGUGCUGCAAUGAGUGUACGACGAUUUUGGGAAAUUAGCCGCUUCAUUCGUUUUGAUAAUGGAAACACACGCCAGCAACGCAAACAAACUGACAAAGCAGCAGCAAUAUCGGACGUUUUUUUGAUGCUAAACAGCUGUCUUCGUAGAUAUUACGUGGCAGGAGCCAACGUCACCGUAGAUGAACAAUUGUAUGCUUAUCGUGGUGGAACUGGCUUCACGCAAUACAUACCAUCAAAACCUGCCAAAUAUGGGAUAAAAGUGUGGUGGGUGUGCGACUCCAUUUCGUCCUAUCCAUUGCAGGGACAAAUCUAUACAGGAAUGGCACCGUCUGGUGAACGUGAAAGAAACGUUGGUGAAAGAAUAGUCAAAGAUUUAUGUAUCAACCUUUUUGAUGGAAGUGGAAGAAAUAUUGUAUGUGACAACUUUUUCACUAGCUACAACUUGGCAAAAUCUUUGAUGAUAGACAAUAAUUUAUCUAUAUUGGGUACUUGCAACAAAAGGCGUACAUUCGUGCCAGCAGCAUUUGCCAAUCCCAAGGGACGUGAGGCUGAAUCGUCAAUGUUUGGGUUCUAUAAUCACGUUACGAUGUGCUCGUACGUGCCCAAGAAAAACAAGGCAGUUGUAUUAUUGUCCACUUCUCAUUAUACAACAGAAACGUCCGGUCCUAAGAAGAAGCCAUUGCUUAUAUUGGACUACAACAAAACCAAAGGUGGAGUUGAUAGCAUGGACAUGUGCUUGUCCGAAUAUAGUACCAAGCGGCGCACAAAUAGAUGGCCUUUGGCUUUCUUUUAUAAUAUUGUGGACGAUGCUGCGUUUGCUGCAUACAAAAUAUACGUUGACAACAACACUCACCUGAAGUCAUAUACAAGCCGCCGUAGGAUGUUUCUCCAUCAGAUAAGUGAGCAACUAUGCAAGCCAGAAAUAGAGAGAAGGGCGAAUAACAGCAGAAUAUCCAGAGUUUUUUCAACGCGCAACGCCAUCGAAGCCAUGAUAGGUAGGCCCAUCCGAGUUGUGGAUGCUGGAGCACAUGAAGCGGAGGAGCGUGAUAGUACGGGACGCCUAAAAGUAAAGGGAAGUUGCUACAUCUGCUCCAAACGACGCCCUACUCGUAAAGCAUGCACAUUAUGCAACAAACCUGUGUGCGCAGAGAAUUCCAAAGACUUGCCGCAAUGCGAUAGAUGUAAUUGA